GAUUGUAGUAUCAAUUCAAAUUUAACUGUUGAAAAUGCAGUUGAAUUCUUGUGCUCCAGUAAAUCGUAAACACAUUAGUUUGGAUCAAUCGAACACUGCAAGUUCAGUUGACCAAAAAGAAUAUAAAAAUGAUGAAAUGUAUAAUUGCGCAAAAUGCAGUUCAUUAUUUCAUGAUCGUCCAAGUAUUAUAGAUCACCUAAAACCUCAUAUCGAUCAAUGUAUCAACUGUUGCAAGUACAUUGGUAGUCCGACAUCUUGUAAAUAUCCUGUAAGCUUCCACCCAGGAACUUCAUUUUAUUUUGAAUGUGAAGAAUGUUACAAUGGAUUUUAUACACUCAAGAGCUUUGAAAAAUAUCUAAGUGUGCAGAGUAAUAAAAAAAAAGACAGACCAUACAAAUGUGAUGUUUGUCUAAAAACAUUUAUACAUUUAUACCACUUUGCUGCUCAUCAACGAUUACAUAAAGGUGAGAGACCAUACCAGUGUAACAUUUGUGAUAAACGUUUCCACGCCAAAUUUAAUUUAGAAGCUCACUUGUUUUCACAUAAAAUUAUAAAGGGAUAUAAAUGCUUGUUGUGUUCGAAAAAGUUCCUUAAAUUGAGAUAUUUCAAAAUCCAUAUGUUAUCUCAUCAUGACUCAUCCAAACAUAAAUGUAACAUGUGUGGAAAAGAAUUUGUAUCAUUGAAUUCUUUGCAUAGACAUCAGGAUCGCCAUCCCGGAUACAGACCAUACAAAUGUAUUGAAUGUGGCAAGUCAUUUUCAAUGAAUAAAUCUCUUAAACAACAUUUAAAAAGGCAUGAAGGUUUAAACCCAUAUCAAUGUACUCUAUGUGACGAAAGUUGUAGCACUUAUUUUGAUUUUGAGUGCCAUAAAAGACUACACAAUGGUGAAAAGCCUUAUAAAUGUGAUAUCUGUGGAGAUCAGUUUACUCAAUUAACUGAUUGGAGAAGACAUAAAAAAACACAUUUUGAAUAUAAAAAUUUUGAAUGCAAUGAGUGCCAUAAAAAGUUUCCUAGUAAAACUGGUGUCAAAAAACAUUUGCAAACACACUUUGAAAAAAUUAAAAAACAUAAAUGCAAAGUUUGUAACAAAAAUUUUUCGCAAAGCAAUCAAUUGAAUGUACAUGAACAAAUUCAUAAAGACUUUAAACCAUAUGUUUGUAACAUAUGUAAAAAGAGUUUUAUUUCUCGUCAGAAUUAUACUAAUCACUUAAAUCAACACACAGGUGCCAGACCAUUCGUUUGUGAUAUAUGCGGAAAAACGUAUCCAGCAAUUGUAUCUCUGAAUAGGCAUAAAAAAAUCAAUCAUACAUGUGAUAUUUGUAGUAAGUUCUACAGGGACCCCAAAGAACUCAAGGUUCACAAGAUUACUCAUCAAGAAUUUAACCUGAGGCAGUAUGCGUGCAAAUUGUGUGACAAAACAUUUAAAUAUCAACGAGCUUUGGACAAACAUCAAUUAACUCAUCUAGUCGAAAGAUCGUUUAAGUGCGACCUUUGUCCUAAGUCUUAUAUAAAAAAUAAUGUUCUGAAAAAUCAUAGAAGAAAACACACCGGUGAAAGACCAUAUAAAUGCAAAUUAUGUAAUAAGACAUAUCCCCAAAUAAGUUCACUAACACGACAUGAAGCCAUUGUACACAACAAAUAAUUGUCCAUACAUCUAAUAAGUAAUAAUAAUUAAAGAAUACAAUAUACAUUAAGUUAGGGCAUAGGUAUGAUACUUAGUACACAAUCAUUACAAUUAAAAACUAAAUAAAUGUAUACAUACAUUUUGUUAAGGAAUUAGGUAUUAAUUAAGUUUAGUCAGUAAGUUUUAGUAGACUAAAAUUAUAAAGCAACACAAAACACUGGGCUAAGCUAUAAUAUAAUACAGAGAUAGGAGUGAAGAAAAGGGUGUUUUUCCAUAGAAGAAAAAUGUAUUGAUGUUAAUAUUUUAAUAUUGUAAUAUGUAAGUAGAAUUAUAUUACAUAAAGCUUGUAUUUUUGUAGAUAUUACUUGAGUAGUACCUAAAAUAAGUCAAAUGUUUUGAGUUGAAUCUUAAAGUAAAUGUAGUUACUUGUUGUUAUGAGUAUCACACAUAUUGAGAAAGAAUGGUUAGUAAAUUGUGAAAACUUUUAAGUUCUAAACUAACUUUUCUGUAAGUGCUAAAACAUUAGAUGCAAUCUGUUUGUCUGUAUUUAAUAAUAAAUUAUGCACUGCACAAUAAUUGUUUUUUUCCAUGUACCUAUACAUUGAUACUUAUUAUAUUAAUAAUAUUCAAUUUUGUACUAUUAUAAUUGCUCAUCAGUAGGGUUAUUUUUCCUAUCAAUAUGACUAACAAUAAUAUGUUAAAAUAAUAUUUUGAUAAUUGAGUAAACAAAACUGAUUUAUUUUCAUA